CCAUGCAGGAACCUCGCACUCGCCCCAUCUCCCUGAAGCGCCUGAGCUAUGGGAUGCUUCUUGGGCCACCCAGGUGUCCCCAAGUGCGUCCCGCAGCGGUGCCUACGUCCCUGGAUCUGCCUUGAUCGUUCCAUCGAGUUGGUGGAUUUGACGUCCUCGGCAGUCUAUGCGGCGUGCUGCUACCGGCGGUUCUUGUAUGGCCCAGCUUUUAACCAUGAAGGCGAGAUCUAUUUGGCUGCAGCCGCAUCCUUGAUCGCAAGCUGGUUCUACAUCGUCAUGUUCCACCUCCACCGGACCCAAGAAGAGGUGAACAUGCUUCAUGGGUGUUUCUGCAUUUGCUUCCUCCUGUUUCCCUUCUUGGUGUUCUUCCUCGCUGGCAUCGCCGGGAAGGUCACAUUCUCGUGUGUCGUGGGAUUGGUCUGUGGCUUCCUCAUCCUGGAGAGCCUUUGCUUGUGCUCCAUCAUUUGCAACAAGGAGCCUUUGGGCCCCUCCGCUGCCUUCGACGUGCCCUUGGUCGGUUGUUGUGCAGCGGCGUUACAGCCGCCCAAGACCUUGCGAGAGGUCGUUGCCUUCCGUGAUCAGCAUUGUGCUGCUGCCAUGGGUGAAUUCGGUCGACGCGUCUUAGCAGGUCGAAACCCGUCAAGCAAAUCGGCCGACCCUCGAGUCAUACCGAGUCUAUUUGGAUCGCUUGACUGCCUUUAUUUUAUAACCUUAGCCCAGUUGCAAAGGCCUUUUAUUUUUUGGGGGGACACCCUAGCUUAAACAUAAAUCCAACAGGUGGAACAGGUGGACUUAUGUUCAACCGUUUGUUCUUUUCCGCGACAGGGGGAUUCAGAUCUCUGAGCAUCAGGGACCUAAAUCGAAAUCGGAUUCCGGGUGUCCAUUGAUAGCCCCGAAAAGCCUAAAAGAGGUCUUAAGGAUUCUUAAGGGGUGUCCAUGAACCACCCCCAAAUGACCAGGGGCACGGUUCGGGAGGGGUCUUUGGGGAUCAGUCGAGGCGAAAGGCGAACGAACUGAAAGAUCUGAACAAUCCCGUUUGGGCUCCGAACGGCCCAUCUCCUCAGGUGACCGGUGGUAUUCGACCCCCCCAAAUCCACCCACCC